UGCCUGAAGAAAGGGCGCCUCAGCCGCCAGAUUUGUGACCGUUUACAAUCUGAUGAGCAGAACAGCAUGUCCUACAUGUCAAAUGCCCGUCGCAGCCGGCAGGAAGAUAUAAAGAGUGGAAUGGAAUUCAUUCAGUCCCCAAUGCCAUUCCUUGGGUCCCAGAAAGAUUAUGAGGUUUUUAUUCAGAAGCUUAUACGAAACCUGUUCAAUGAAGGAAAUGACCUGUACAGAGAGGGACUCAAGGAUGAGUCAAUAAACCAUUACACUGAGGCCCUUAGCAUUGCCAGUUAUGCUUCAUCUGAGGAGAUUGCCAUCACCAGCGAGACAUUGGAGAAGCUGCAUGUGAACCGGGCGGCAUGUUACAUUGAAAUGAGUUUCCAUGAAGAUGCUUUGAAAGAUUGUGAAGAUGCUUUACGUAUUAAUGACAGAAAUCUUAGGGCGCUGUAUUGCAAGUCCAAAGCCUUAUCUCUAGAGAGAUACAAGGAUGCUUAUGAAGCAGUUGGAAAGUGCUCUAUCAUUGCACCAAAGGAUGAGAGCGUGGUGAAACUAACACGUGAGCUAGCUGUGAAGCUGGGGCUAAAAAUUAGGAAAGCCUAUGUCAGGGCACAGUCUAAUUCCCAGGUUACAGUUGUGGACCCAUCAGAAAAGAUGUCUGAUAGUUUUGCAGAUCAGAUAGAGCCAGAUCUGCCUGAAGUUGAUGGCCAUGGCCCUCCUCACGUGCUUUUCUCUACACUGAGUCUGAACAAUGAACCAUUAAGAGAGACCUCACCAGUUCCAGUCCAUUCAGUCUCUCCAAGUGUGCCUCCGGUUUCUGAGACUGGAAUAUUCCCUUCAGCACUUAUAAGUAGUGAUGCAUCUGUUUUAUUUCCACUGUCAAACUUGCAUGAUGAAAUAAUUGGGGAUGAACUGGAUCGCAUGCUCGAUUCCGUGCCGUCAUGCAAUGGGCUGAACAUGACUAGCAGUGCUGUAGGAGGUACCAGCAGAUUGCAUGACUUUCCAGGACUGGAGUCUCCUUUGAUAUACCAGAGUUACGCAUUCCCACAGCUAUUAACACCCCUGCCCAUGACGAGCUCUCAAAGAGAUACUUCUGUAUUGGAUCACUUGAAUGGAAUACCGAACGCUAGUCUAUCAGACAAAACUCAAUUUUCUGUAAACGAUUCCACACACUUUCUUAGAUCAGGAAGCCCUAUAGAUUUUUCUGGGACACAUAAGAAAGCACUUCAGUUUCAAUGUGUUGAUGUCGAGCCAUCUUCUGUAUUAAGCAUCAGUUCCACUGUGAGGAGCACCAAUCCUCUUGAAGAUACCCAUGAGUUCAGACAGGCCUGUCAGCAGUGUUUUACCAAAGCAGGGUUAAAGUCCUUAAACUACAAUUAUCAUCCAAACUUGGAUCAUAAAUGCAAGAAGGACAUUUUUAUAGGAAGAAUGAAGAGUUCUGCCGAUGACUCCUGGAAGGGAAUCAGACGAAGACCAACAAAGAAUCACUAUGCGGGUCAAUACUAUAUAUGUAAAGAUGUUGCUCAGGGCAUUGAGUGCACUUACCCAGGAUGUUGCACAUUUGCAUAUUGUCAAGAAGAAAUUGAUGUAUGGACUCUGGAGAGGAAAGGAAUGUUUUGCAGAGAAGCAAUAUUUGGAGGCAAUAGUGAAGUCAAUUUGACAAUCCCACAUCUACUGCAGGAGUAUUCUGGGACAUUCGUUUUUUUGUGCGAGAAAUGUUUUGACCACAAACCCAGGAUUAUCAGUGAAAAAGAUAAAGACAACCACAUUAGCUGCUCACAUCCUGUUGCAAAACAUCAUUUUGAAGAAAAUAAGUGUCUUGUUCAUCUGUUCAGAGACACUGUUGUUAAGUACUGCAAGAUCCGUCCAUUCAGCAAACACUUUAUACUAGAUCUUUGUCGACAUGAGGUCCAAUAUAGAUGCUUAAGAGAUGAUGAUUGCUUCUACGCCCACAGCUUGGUGGAACUAAGAGUCUGGGUCAUACAAGAAAAGACAGGAAUUUCCUUUGAAAGAAUUGUUCAAGAGUCUGAGUCAUAUUGGGCAAAGGAGUCCAGUUCACUAAAGCCCCAGCUGUUGAGCAUUCCCAAUAGUCCAGGAUACCCAAAUUUCAACAUCAAAUUUGUUUGUGGACAAUGCUGGAGAAAUGGGCAAGUGAUUGAAUCUGACAAAAAUCGAAAAUACUGUAGCGCAAAGGCAAGACACACAUGGACUAAAGAUUGCCAGGUUGUUCUUGUGAUGUCCAAUGAGCGCAAAAAGUGGAUAUCUAUCCGACCAUGUCCUACAAAGAAGCCCGUACCUGUUCAGUUUGAGUUGUGUCAUCAUAUAUUAAAUGCCAAAAAAUGUCAGUAUAUUGGAAAUUGCGCGUUUGCUCACAGCCAAGAGGAGAAAGAGAUAUGGACGUUCAUGAAAGAUCUAGACAUUCAGGAUAUGGAACAAUUGUAUGAGAAGUUGAACAGCAAGAAGACUGCAAAAGGGAAUGAGAUUUCAAGUCAAGGGAACAAACUAAUUCACCUUCCUACUGACUACGCAGAAACCGCAGUUGAUUUUCAUUGCUGGCUUUGUGGUAGAAACUGCAAUAGUGAGCGUCAGUGGAAGAUGCAUAUGUCAUCAGAAAAGCACAAAGAGAAAGUUUUCCUUUCUGAAGAUGAUCAGAACAUCUGGCAGCACCGCUUCCCUACUGGCUGUUUUAGCAUAUGUAAAAGGUUCUUAUCUGGUUCAUGUCUGAAUGGAGAGCAGUGCACAUUUGCUCAUGGAAAUGCUGAACUUGUGGAAUGGAAAGCGAGGAGCGAGGUUCUACGCCAAAAACUGGAGAAAGCACGCAAGGAUCAGCUCAUUAACCCUGAUGAUAAUGACUUUGGAAAAUAUAGUUUUUUGAUUAAAUAUUUCAAGUAAAGUAUCUGAUUAUGAAAUACCACAUGGAUAAAAUGGUGUAGGAGGUUUGUUUUUUAAAAAAAAGGUCCCGAUAUUGAGGAAACAUCAGGUCCUGCUCCUCUUGAUGUUCUGAGUCAUAUGAGGCAGAAAAGCAUUUUGUGGAUGUGGAUCUCAUGGUUAAAAAAUGAGAGCAAAGGAUACUGAUACCUGCUUCAUAAAUGGGCAUUGCAGACUGAUCAGUUGUUCUAAUGAUAGAUUUACAGUAAACUAAAUCUCUGAUCUCACAGGGAAGGGUUGAUUAUUUCUGAAAACGCUUUUAUUGAUUAGCCUCAGCAUCACAGUUAUUGGAAUAUAUAUUUGUAUAGAUACAAGAAAAAUAUAGGAACAGGUUCAUAAGAUAAAAUGAAAAAUUUUACUUUUCCCAAUUUUGUUUUAUCCUAAGUUUAGCUAUCCCCAAGGUAACCAAAGGCUGUAGCCUUGUGGCAUCGUCGGUAAGGUUUGUGUCCAGUCCUGCUGCUCCUGCAGCAGUAUAGUAUCAGCAUGCGUGGCCAUGUGGACAGAGUAUUACUAUUAUUUCCGUCAUUCCUAUUUUUUGCCAGUUAAUGGCAUGUGACAGUGAACAUGCGAGUACAUUGCUAGCAGUGCGUAGGUGUAGAGUCCCAUAGGCCAGGCUGCUAAGCCACCUUCCUAACAUAGCCCGUACUUAUUUGAGUCUAAUAAUGGUAGCUAUUGAUUGAAAACCUUUUUAAUGUUGUAUUAUUAUUAUAUUGGUAAAGUAUUUGAUUAUUUAGUGGAAUAUACCAUAUGCUGAGCUUGAUAUACUGUAGCUGAAAUCCAGUCAUGUUUAAUCUAAUGUUCCAUAGGGCACUUAAAGGGGCAUUCUCAUUGUAUAAGGGUAUGGUAUAUCACUAGGAUAGGCAUUCGCUUCAUGAUCUAACCCCUGGGACCCCACUGAUUCAGUCUGCAGCCCCUUCUCUGGGUUCCUCUGCACAGCAUGGCUCCAAUCUAUUGUCACCAGCCAUAUCAGAGGCGCACAGUAGUGAUCUUCAGUGGGACAUUUGACCUGAAAAAUCAUUUCCCUUGACGUGGGGUAAUAUUUGCAGCUCAUUUUAUAAGUAAUUGACCAUGUUUUGUGGCCUCUUUAACGUGAAAUCAUUCUGUAGUUAUUGGUUUGUUUUCAGUUCAUUUACUAUUUUACCAAAAGUUUGCCAAAAUUUACACUCUGGAUUUUUUUUUCCACAGUGGGUGGAUGAGAUUUCCUAACAUCUCAUCCACUUUGCUGCUACUGUAAAAUGCUGCGGGUCGCAGCUCAUCCGUCACAUGUAUAUUGGCGGCUUCUCCCAGCUUGUACAUUAAAUGGAGCACAAAAACGCAGUGUAAACAUAGCCUUACCUAUUUAAUGGCCAUUCCGCUUAUGGUUCCUGCCUUUUUACAUGAGGAAUAUUUUAUUUUUGUGAUAUUCUUUACAUUCUUAUAGAAUGCACAUUUAGAUUUACUAAGCUAAAUGCACCUAAGAACUGGCAUGUAGGCUUUGAACCACAUUUACAGUGGAUAUAAAAAGUCUACACACCCCUGUUAAAAUGUCAGGUUUCUGUGAUGUAAAAAAAUGAGACAAAGAUAAAUCAUUUCAGAAC